AUGUCGGAUGAGCGGCAUCGCUUCCUGGAGAGCUUCGCCACGCUGCUGCUGCGGGUCCAGCCCGACGAGUGGAACAAGUUCCUGGGCAGCGAGGAGGCCAUGGCCGAGGUGGACGAGUUCUUCAGGCAGCAGGACGUGCAGGAGCUGGUGCUGGGGCUGAACCCUGCCGGGCUGCUCCAGCCCACCACCUGCUUCUCGCCCGCCCUCAAGGCCAAGGCCAUCUACUUCGUGAAGAAGAAGGAGGAGAACAUCACCCAGGAGAACUGCCAGAGCGCACUGCUGGUGGGAGACAUCGCCCCCUCGCCAGUGGAACAGUUCAUCACCGUGAUGGAGGAGGUGGGUGGCCCACAAGGGUGGGCACUGGGUGCAGGUGCCAGGGUCGAGCCCAGUGCCGGCAGGAUGUCGGAUGAGCGGCAUCGCUUCCUGGAGAGCUUCGCCACGCUGCUGCUGCGGGUCCAGCCCGACGAGUGGAACAAGUUCCUGGGCAGCGAGGAGGCCAUGGCCGAGGUGGACGAGUUCUUCAGGCAGCAGGACGUGCAGGAGCUGGUGCUGGGGCUGAACCCUGCCGGGCUGCUCCAGCCCACCACCUGCUUCUCGCCCGCCCUCAAGGCCAAGGCCAUCUACUUCGUGAAGAAGAAGGAGGAGAACAUCACCCAGGAGAACUGCCAGAGCGCACUGCUGGUGGGAGACAUCGCCCCCUCGCCAGUGGAACAGUUCAUCACCGUGAUGGAGGAGGUCCUCUUCCCCCUGCUCCUGAGCGAGGACAACGUGGCCGGCUGGCCCAGGGUGGUGGUGGAGGACAUCAGGCGACGAACCCACCAGCUGAAGAACGAGCUGUUCAUGAUGAGCGGGAAGAUCCAGGGGAAGCCGCUGCUCCCGCUGCCGGAGCACCUGUUCAGCCAGGAUGGAUCCAGCACCGUCCUGGAGAGCCUGGCAGGGCCUGUGGACAUUUCGGUGCUGCACUCCAUCGAGACCGUCGUCAUCGAGUGGUCCCACCAGAUCAGAGAUAUCCUGAGCAAGGACUCAGCACAGCCGCUGCUGGAGGGGCUGCACCCCUUGCCCAGGACUGAGUUUGAGUUCUGGCAGACCAGGAUGGACAACCUGCAGUGCAUCAACGACCAGCUGCUUUCACCCCGGGUGGCGGCGCUGGCCGAGAUGCUGGAGAAGGCCAACAGCUGCUACUGGCCCGCGCUCCAGAGCAUGUUCAAGGACGUCAGCUCUGGCCUGGAGGAAGCCAAGGACAUCAGCCUCUACCUGCAACCACUUCAGCUUGUGCUGGAAGAGCUGGAGCAAACUGAUUACUCCCAGCUGCAGCCCCACGUGGACAGGACGCUGUGCACCGUCCGCCUGCUGCGGGCUCACUGCCAGCACUACAGCACGCCCGCCCACGUCAUCGUCAUCCUGCAGGAGAUCUGCAACCUCCUCAUCGAGAUGACCCGCAACUUCCUGAGCCCCGAGGAUGUGAUGAAGGGGCUGCAAGGAGAGACCGAAGAGACUUUAGAGGGAAUAAAACUGAGCAUUUCCACCAUCGAGAAGUUCCUCCAGUCCUACAGCACGUACUGCUCCAACCUGCUGCCCGUGUCGCCGCCGGAGGAGCCACAGCUCUGGGAGUUCCCCCGCUCCCUGGUCUUCAGGAGAAUGGACUCCUUCUUGCACAGGCUCAAGAUCAUCAAGGAGCUGUACGAGACGGUUAUUGAGUUUCGGCAGCUGGAGAAGGCAGAGCUGGGAGGAGUGAGAGGGAAUAUCCUGGGGACCCAGGUGUUUCAGACCUACGAGGAGGUCUCUGAGCUCAGCAAGAGUUUCGCCGACUGCAAAUAUGAUCCCUUGGAUCCCGCAGAAGAGCAACUGAACAAAGACUUUGCCGAGUUCCAGAAGAAGAUCCAGCACACGGACAGGCGACUGGCCACCAUCCUCUGCCAAGGCUUUGAUGACUGCAACUGCCUGGCAUCCGCCAUGAAGGUGAAGUGGAGGCUGCUGCCGGUGGAGUUCCCGUUGGUGGCCAGCGAGCUGGAGGCAGUGGACAGCCAACUGGCCAGUGCCGAGAACACCCUCUCCUGGAACCAUGAAGGUGUCAUGGAGUACAUCGAGGACAUGAGAGACAUCUUGUACGACCUACAGGCCAGGGUCCAGAAAGCCAAGUUAAACAUGGAAAAAAUCAGACAGCUGAUGGAGGAAUGCUCAGCCACCCCCUUGUUCAAAAGGAAGGACAACAAGGAGACAGCGCUCUUGGACCUGGAGGGGAAAGUGAGCACCUUAACCAAGCGCUACGCUGCCAUCAGGGACACGGGCACGAAGAUCCACGAGAUGGUGAAGGAGAAUGAAAACCUGUUUAAGGCUGAUAAGUCAUCGCAGGUAUGGCUGAACUACGUGGGGUACCUCGAUGAGAUCGUGAUGGAUGGAUUCUUCAACCUGAUCCACAAAUCUCUGCAGCUGCUGCUCAACAACAUGGCCCCUGAUGCGGAGGUGGCCCCGCUGUUCGAGGUGCGGAUGGAGCUGCGUGAUGGCAAGGUGCAGUACUGUCCCUCGCUGGAGUCAGGGGAAGAGGGCAGCUUCCUGGGGCUGAUGGAGAGCCUGCUCAACGACAUCUUCUCGGCUGCAGCCUGCAUACCUCGGCUGCUGGAGGGAAGGCAGAGCUACAAGAUCAGCCUGGAGGAGCAGGUGGACCUCAGCAGGAUGCGGGAGGAGGUGGUGUCGCUGGUGGUCAGUGCCAUAGCGGAAGGCCAGGAGUACAGCGCUGGCUUCGAGGAGCAGGCUCACCUGUGGCUGCAGAGCCCUGAGGAGUUCCUGCAGCACUUCCUCACCUUGGGCAGUGUCCCCAGCCCCAAGGAGCUGGAGCUGCAGCCGGAGGUGUCUGUGGCCCAGGGGACCCCAUCCCUACAGCUCUUUAAGCAGGAGAUCGACACGUGCAAGGAGUUGUGCGAGGAGGUGUCGGGGUUCUCCAACACCAAGGUGUUUGGGGGGUGGCUGCAGAGCGACUGCCGCCCCUUCAAGCAGGCACUGCUGAGCACCGUCAGGUCCCAGGGCAUGGUCCUGAGGCAGCACCUCAUCAACCACAUCACCACCAGCCUGCAGGAACUGCAGGAUUUCAUCCGAGAGGCCAACGCCGGCUUGAAUAAACCUCUGGAAGAGGGAGACUACGAGGGGCUGGUGGAGGUGAUGGGGCACCUGAACAGGGUGGAGGAGAGGCAAGCGGAGACCGACGGCAUGUUCCAGCCCCUGCAGGAGAUGGUUGCCCUGCUCAGCACUUACGGAGAGGAGAUGCCCGAGGAGAUCCACCUGCAGCUCCAGGAGCUGCCCAAGCACUGGGACAGCACCAAGAAGCUGUGCCUGCAGGUCAAGCAGAGCGUGGCGCCCCUGCAAGCCAAGUAGGUCAACAUCAUCCGCAAGAAGUGCCAGCAGUUCGAGGUACCCACCCUGGGGCUGGGGGGGGUGAACAGUGGU